AUGGCCGUCAUCAAUGCCGAUUAUGCGCAAGCUGUGCCUGGCGUACAAGUUAACCGCUACUGCGGCUCUGGCCUGGAGGCGGUGAGCAUCGCGGCCUCCAAAAUCAUGGCCGGCAUGACAAAUGUGACCAUAGGCGGUGGCGUGGAGGCGAUGAGCCGCGUACCUAUGGGCUCGGAUGGUGGCCCCUGGGCGCAAGACCCGCAAAUGGCCUUCAAGAGCUACUUCGUCAUGCAGGGCAUAUCGGCCGAUUUGCUCUCCACCAUGCACGGUUUUAGCCGCGAAGACUGCGAUGCCUAUUCGGCCGAAAGCCACAAACGCGCCACCCAUGCCUGGAAAAAUGGCUAUUUCAGCAAAUCUGUUAUGCCCGUGCGCGACCCUUUGGGCAUGGUGCUGCUGGAAAAGGAUGAAACCAUCCGCCCAGAAACCACCAAGGAAACCCUGGGCGCACUCAAACCUGCAUUUAAAGAGCUGGGCGAGAAGUGGGGCUAUGACGGUGUCGCGCUGAUGAAAUACCCGCAAUUUGAAAAAAUCCACCACAUCCACCACGCGGGCAACAGCUCGGGCAUCGUCGAUGGUGCCGCCGCUGUGCUCCUGGGCAGCGCCGAAGCGGGCAAACAAAUGGGC